AUGGGACAGACAUCCUCCCGCAAGCGCACUUCAACUGGGAAGACGGGUUCAUAUCCUCAACCACAUCAGCGACUUCCCAAUGAACUCGUAAUAGCGAUUAUCGGGAUGGUUGAAGAGUUGGAUGCGCUGCGAGCGCUGGCUCUCGUCUGCCAUGGCUGGCUCUAUCUCUGCCGAUCUCUCAUCCACAGGACCAUCGUGGUUGACGAACGGGGAGGAACGGGGGGCAUGCCCAAGAAGAAGUUUAUCCGAAUCUACACCAAAUACCCUCAUCUCUGCGAACAUGUCCUAGACGUAUCCUUCAACCUCGCCAGGUCUACAAAAACUGACCCAUUUCACCCGUGUCUGCUUCGCUUCAAAAACCUUCGCAGUCUGAAUCUACACUCCUACGCCGAUCCAUUUGAAUUCCCGCGCGGCGUCCUGUCACCUUCAAUGAUAGCUCUUAUCCCGUGCUUGCUCGCCUCGUCCCGCCUGACGAGGUUGUCCCUUGUCGGUUUUACACCUCACACCAUCCUCGAUCUUCUUCGUUCCAACGAAAUGAUCCGUACGAACCUUCACUCCCUCGCGCUAAUAGACGUAUUUCGACCAGAGUGGGAUCCAUCGACGUUACCAGUGAAUCCCCACCCAGUACUCAUGAUCGGCCUCCACGAACUCGAAAUAGAUUGCAUCCCCUCGUACGAAUCACUCGGCGUCGAAACGCCAUCGCUUCAAUCCCUAACAGCCCUGUAUCGCCCAGGGGUGUAUAGCAUCGAGCAUUUCCUCCCACGGACAUGUCCACCCACCAUAACCAACCUCACCCUUGAAAUCACAGCCAUCCCACCAUGGACUACCGCCAUCGCCUCCACGCUACACAGUCUAACGCAGCUCGAAACAUUAACGCUGGACGUGCAGAGUUAUAAAAACAUGAACUACACCGACCAAUUCCCUUGGCUAUGUGCGUGCAUUGGGCAUCUCAAAGACGUCUGCCAGCUUCAACGACUCGAGAUACGAUUGCGCGACCAACUCGCCUUCCGUACGCUAUCGCCGCUCGAUUUCUUGGACAUCGAUGAUAUACUUAGUGAGAUGAAUCACGAACAAUCAUUGAAGGCUGUUUAUCUGAAACUCACCGCCGUUGUGGGGCUCCCACCCCCAUUUAUCCAUAGUCUACCACAUAAUCACCCCGACCCAGCUUCUCUCGAAGCUCAGACAAUAGCCGGGUUCCCUCAUCUUACUGAAGCAGAUGUUCUUCGAGUCUCGGUUACGCUCGAGGAAGAAGUGGGCUGCUGGUUUACGUAUGCAUAG